GGCAUUUUAAACGUUAACAACACGGCAUAGCGUCGGUCCGUUUAAAAAUAAUUAAAACUAAAACAAAAAUAUAUAAAUAAACGUAUUCAGUGAAACAAACAAACAAAAUAAAUCAAAUCCAAAACGAAUUAUAAUGAAGAGUUAUAUUUUAUGAGUGCGUGUGUUACCAGAAGUGGUUUAAAAAUUAUCGCAGCCAAUUUAAAUGAAAGUGGAAAAUAAUGCUUAAAAACAACAAUAAAAAUCAAAAAUAUAUUUCAUAUCAAGCAACAGCAACAAGGUAAAUAUAAACAACAACUAUAACGAAAUUGAAAACUCGUCUGCAACCAAACAAUCUGCCAACACCCUUUUAAUACAACAACACGGCCCUUAACAACCACUACAUACCGAACAACCACAACAACAAUCAAACAAAAAUUCCAAUAUUUUUAAACUACAACGUACAAACAUAUUUGCUGAUAAAUUGCUGAAUACUACUGAUUGAUAUAAUCACCAAUAAUGUCUGAAACUGCCUAUUUUUGAUUAUGAGCCUAAAUGUGUGGUUUAAAGGUUGUAUGGAGAAAAAGAAGCAACAACAACAGGAGUAACAUGACUUUUAUGAUUUCCUAAAACCAUAAAACCAUGCGUGCCGCUACAAUAGUUAAAGUAGCAGCAGCAGCAUCCUUGUCGUCGUUAAAUCAUCUUAAAAUUUCAAGUGGUUUUUAUACUGCAACAACAGCAAAAACAACUACAGCAACAAAAACAACAACCGCAGGAAGUAGACAUAUACACAGCACAUUAAAAACAACAACAAGGACACAUCAUCAACAAACAUAACAGUUGUUGUUGUAGUGAUAGUAGAAGACGUAUGUAGUAGAAGCAAUAACAGCCGUAAACGAUAAAAUUAACUACACAUACUGACACACACACAUACAUACGAGACGACAACAACCACAAAUAGAAAGAAAACAAAAAGGAAAGGAACCGAGAACCAAAAAAAGAAAAGGAAAAGGGCAAAGUCAUUAUCAUCGUCAUCAACAUCAACAUCAACAUCAAGAACAUCCUCGACAUCCUCAUCAUCGUAAUUGCCUCCACCACUACUACGAUUAGAAUAUUCUUUCGUUAGAAUUUAGUUAGACGAAACAAACAUUUUUUAGUCUUUAAAAAGCAAACAAAAACAGAGGAGAGUGCAAAAUUUAGGAAGCUAAAUCACAGCUACAACAAUAGCAACUACUUUAGCUGUAUUGGGCCAGAAAAUUGUUCGUUCAUAGACAACAAGCACAACAACGACGACAACAACUUGACAAGAACAAUAUGCCGCUACCGUUGCUGCCUUUGCCUUUUAACUUGUGGUCUUUAACCAUUACAGGACUUGUAUGUGUUAUAUUGAUGACAACAAUAACAAAUGUUUUUGCCAUCGACUGUUUCAAGUGUGUUUCAUAUAAUGGCACCAACAAGGCUUGUGAUGAUCCUUUUCACAAUAAUUACUCAACCGGUAUAUUGGAAUCACCGUGCAUGGGUGGACGUAAAGGUAGAAAUGGACUGUUUCCAGCUACAGCAUGCAUUAAAAUUGCUGGUUACUAUGAUGACAAUGGUGAAACUAUAACCGUUAGAGGCUGUGCUUUAGAUAGUGGCACUUUAACUACAGACACGGAAAUCGUGCGUAUGUCUCAUUGUGGUAAAUUCUAUUAUGAUGACAGAUAUGUACAUGGCUGUCUGCAGAGUUGCAGUGAUGCCGAUGCCUGUAAUACCGCCUCCCAAAAUCAACACAUAUCAUCAACGACAUCCCUUAGAUUAAAAUAUUUGCUGAUAUCCUUAGUUGUAAUAUUAAUGAAUAAUUAUCAAUUGGAUACCACCAGGUAGCAUUACCACAUACUCUAAUUAGUAUUAUAGUCCAAAAAUAUCUAACUAUUAUAACCUAGAGAAACCAAAAAUAAA